UGCAAGCAGUUUCAUAUGACUCCGCAGCAAAAAGGCAACUACAAGCACCUCUCUGAAGAAGUUUUUUGGCUAUAGGUUAAAACAAAAUACAAAUGUCAACUUCCCCACCAACCUCUUGCGAUUGGAUGCUCCUGGUUGAACAGAAGAAUAUAAAUGUCCGAGUUACAACCAUGGAUGCAGAGCUGGAGUUUGCCAUUCUGCCCAGCACAACUGGGAAACAGCUUUUUGACCAGAUAGUGAAGACAAUCGGGCUGAGAGAAACAUGGUUCUUUGGCCUUCAGUAUAAGGACAGCAAAGGCUUCUCCACCUGGCUCAAGCUGAACAAGAGGGUGACAGCUCAAGAUGUGAAGCGGGACAACCCUCUGUUGAUCAAGUUCAGGGCCAAGUUUUACCCUGAGGAUGUCGCAGAAGAGCUGAUCCAAGAGGCAACGCAGCGGCUGUUUUUUCUGCAGGUAAAAGAGAGCAUCCUAAAUGAUGACAUAUACUGCCCACCCGAGACUGCAGUUCUUUUGGCCUCAUACGCAGUUCAGGUCAAACUCGGAGACUACAGGGACGAUAAUCACAUACCGGGAUAUCUCACAAAAGAGAAGUUGCUGCCACAGCGGGUUUUGGAGCAGCACAAGUUAAACAAGAGUCAGUGGGAGGAAAGAAUCCAGGUGUGGCAUAAAGAGCAUAAGGGAAUGCUCAGAGAAGAUGCAAUGUUGGAGUACCUGAAGAUAGCGCAGGAUCUGGAGAUGUAUGGUGUGAACUACUUCAGCAUCAAGAACAAGAAAGGCUCAGAGCUGUGGUUAGGGGUGGACGCACUGGGGCUGAACAUCUAUGACAAAAAGGACAAGCUGACUCCAAAGAUUGGCUUUCCCUGGAGUGAGAUCAGAAAUAUUUCCUUCAAUGACAAGAAAUUUGUCAUCAAGCCAAUUGACAGGAAAGCUCCGGAUUUUGUUUUUUACGUACCUCGUCUGCGCAUCAACAAACGCAUCCUGGCGCUGUGCAUGGGGAAUCAUGACCUGUACAUGCGCAGACGUAAGCCCGACACCAUUGAGGUGCAGCAGAUGAAGGCCCAAGCUCGUGAGGAGAAGAACAAGCGACAAAUGGAGAGGGCUCUGCUUGAGAGUGAGAAAAAAAAGCGAGAAAAUGCUGAGAAGGAAACAGAGAAGAUUGCUCGGGAGACCAUGGAGCUGAUGGAGAGAUUGAGACAGAUUGAGGAACAGACAAAGAGGGCUCAAGAUGAGCUGGAGGAGCAGACUCGUAGGGCGCUGGAGUUAGAGAAGGAAAGAAAAAUUGCUCAAGAGGAGGCUGAGCGCCUGGAGAAGGACCGCAGAGCUGCGGUCGAGGCUAAAGCAGCACUGCUGCACCACUCUGAGACCCAGAUCAAAAAUCAGGAAAGCCUGGCCACCGAGCUGGCAGAGCUUACCUCUAAGAUCUCCCUGCUGGAAGAUGCCAAGAAGAAAAAGGACGAGGAGGCGAGAAGAUGGCAGAAAAGGGCAACAAUGGUGGAAGCCGAUUUGGAGCAAACAAAAGAAGAGCUGAAGACUAAACUUGUGGGUGUCCACAUCCAGGAUUCGGUCCACCCUCACAUCCUCGACCAUGAUGAGACGGAUGAGAGCAGCGCAGAGGCGAGUGCUGAGCUGACCUCUCCAGGGAUGGUCCGAGAUCGCAGCGAGGAGGAAAGAGUCACAGAGGCCCAGAAGAACCAGAGACUACAGAAAAACCUCAAGUUCCUGAGCACCGAACUGGCUCGAACUGUAGACGAGAGCAAAAAGACCCCCAAUGACCUGAUCCACGCUGAGAAUGUGAAGGCGGGCCGCGACAAAUACAAGACCCUGCGUCAGAUUCGUCGGGGCAACACUAAGCAACGCAUUGAUGAGUUCGAGUCCAUGUGAGAGCGGCCUUCUGGCUCACUCAGGUUCAGAUAAAUUGGACACACAGAGAUUUUAGAAGUGUAGGGGAGGAUUAUCACAUCAGUAGUAAAUUAACCUGAAAAAGGUUUGAAUGCGACAACAAAUGAUAUUAUGUGCAUUUUUGUGUUUAAUGUUGACGAUUUCAUUAGUAAACAAGUCACUGAGAAUACAGAAGCUGUUCUAAUGUAUUUUUAAUUUCAUACGCACACAUUCUUGCUUCUCAAUCAGUCUGAUUACAUCCAGUUGCACAUCCAGCAUGUUGUUUUGAAAACCUUAUUAAUGUUGAUUAAUUGAAGCAGUGAUAUUAAAGGCAAAUGUUUUUAUUUCAACUAAAUAUGAAACCAUUUCUUCUUUAUCUCGGCAAUAAAGAAAAAAACAGAGAGACACGACUGGUGUGGGUUGGGUGCGUUUCUAUUUACAUAUAAGAUUAGAUGUAAACAUACAACAAAAGAAGUUAAGCAGUCGCUGGUGCUGCAGGGAUGUAACUAAAGGGGGAGGUUAGGUUGACAACCUUAAAUUUGAUCGGUCCAGGCUAUUAAAAACAUGGGCAGAAAUUAAGGGGGAGAAGUAGAGUUGGGAUAACCUUUUUGGUGGAAAUGCACCUUUUAUUUUUUUUCAAUUACAUUUUUGCGUUAUGAAAAAGUGCUCCCACUGUCUUUCAUUUCUUAACUCCUUUACUUUACUUUGC